CUAUAAGGGCAGUGGGCUCCAGGCAGGAUCAGGCUUCACAUUGCAGUUUUCACUCGUAGUCUACACAGGGGCUUUCUCAGGAGUCACAUUUACCGUCCGCUUCUGACCUUUCUCUUGUCGUCUUUCUACUUUUCCUCACUGAGAUGUUGCAAUGUUCCGCGCUGUCUUGCAAAACGUGGAUUUGUGUCGGGUGAUUUUGUUAUAUUUGUUUUUUGUACCGGAAGCUGGCUGCAGAUCAGCCUAUGCAGACAGCUGUCAUGAGGUGAAGACAGCAUACAUGAUGCGCCAAAUAGGCCAAAUGGAGCUGGUGCCAGACAGACCCCAAACAGAUGACUCUCUCCGAGUGUGUGUCCACUCUGGGCCUGGGUGCUGUACCAGCAAGAUGGAGGAUGGUUACAUGGCUGCUGUACGCAGUGAAACACAGCACAAGAUGCGAUCCUACAGUUUUGAGCUCAAGUACCUGAUCGCUGGACACACCACGUCCUACCAAGACACCUUUGAUUCGCUUGUGUCCUUCACAUCUAAUUUGACCAACACCCUGUUUGACAGCGCCUACGCCAGCCUGGCAUCAGACUGUCGUCCCCUUGUUCUUCAGCUUUUCAAUGACAUUAAACAGCAUCUUUCAGGAGACGCUGAUACCUCAUUGGAACACGGAGUGCGGCGUUUCUAUGAUGACCUCUUCCCAUUGGUCUACCGCCGACUUCUUAACCCUGGUAUUGGCCAUCUGUCAGCCCACUCUUUUCCCUCUUCCUCCUCACCCAAUAAUGAAGACUGCCUCAGGAUGACGCAACAGGAUGUCAGUCCAUUUGGGCCCCAUCCUCGACUUCUGGUCUCCAGCCUUUCCCGUGCGCUGGGAGUAGGUCGAGCACUGAGCCGAUUGCUAAGACUGGCGCGGGACGUUGUGGAUGCAACCGAAAAGGCAACGUUAUCUAGAGAGUGUGGGCGGAGCUUAGUAAGGAUGCAGUAUUGCUCCCAUUGCAGAGGUCUGACGCUGAUCAGGCCCUGUACUGGACUUUGUGUUAACGUUAUGAGAGGAUGCCUGGUGGGGAUAUCGGAGCUUGCUGCCCCUUGGAGGAAUUUGGUGGUAUUGCUCCAACAGUUAGCGGCGACAUUAGGGACCAGCAGCAACCACAACAGCAUGGAGCUAGCACUGUUGGCUACCAGGAACCACGUGAAUGAUGCCAUCCUGCACGCACAACUGCAUGGGCCAAGAAUCACAGCAAUUGUCGAGAAGGUGUGUGGAUCCCUGGAGGGUGGUCCUAUGACGAUAAGUGGACAUUCUAACGUCUCACAUGUUACAACAUCCGCUGCGUCUAUGGUGCAAACAACCUCAAAGAGGGCGUCAAUGAUGUCAACCUCAAUGGGAUCUGGUGGUCAUCCAAAUAUGCUUCUUCAAUCACAAAGGUCCUUCCCUCUUAAAGGAUCCAGGGGUGACAAGAGCCGCAGUUUGAAAAAACUAUCAAGGGAGUUUGAAGGUUCUAUUCAGCGGUACCAGUGGUUUUUCUCUGAGCUACCUGAGAUGCUUUGCGAAAGUGAGAUGGAGGUUGAGCAGCACACAUGCUGGAGUGGUCAAGAUGUUGUGGAGAGUUAUGCAGGUCGUGUGGUCGGAAGCGCUUUAAGAGCCCAAAGGGAGAACCCAGAGAUGACGGUUCGUUUUACUGAUCCUGUUCUAAAGGAGGCGAAGAAAAGGCUGGAGCGGCAAACACAGGAACUUUUAGUGGAACUUGGCUGGGGAAGCAAAGCCAGAAGAAAGAGUGAUGAAGAGGAGGGCGGCAGUGCAGAAACAGACACUGGGAGCGGAGACGCUUGUGACGACGAAGACGGCUGUGAGGCAUCUGGUGAGGUCAAUGGUGCUGACACAGAUGAUUUGUCCAGUGGACAUAGUCCAGUCAGAGAUGACAAGGCUCCUCCUCCUCCUCACCACCGCAAUUCUCCUCAUCCCAGCUCUCCUUCACUGGUGCCUGUUAAAGGUUCAGCCAACAUGCCAACUGUUGAACUGCUCCAGUUGACCCUGCUGACCAUGCUCUUGUUGCUGUCAUCGUGGGAACCCCGCUGACUCUUGGGUGACCCAUCCAGAGACUGAGAAACAGCCAUGUUCUCUCCAUGGAUGUUGCUGUUGUUUGGCAUUUAAAAAGUUUUAAAGCACAGUUUGGCCGCUCUGCUACUUUGUGGACGGUGAUGAUGAGGAUGCUGACGAUGAACUGUUGGUCCAUUUUUAUACAUCACCUGUACUGACCUGUGUAUGCUCACUUGUAUUUAACUUCCAUAGCAUAGCUUGCACAACACUACUACUUUUUUCAAGAGGUGUAAAUACAAAUCUUUGUAUUAUAUAUUUAUAUCACGACUUUAUGUAGAUCGCUUGUUGUGUAAAAUAGAGUUCAAAAUACCAUCUCUUAGCACCCAAUGACAUGAUGCAUGACAGCGGAGGUCAGUGGUAACACCACUGCCAUGAUUUCUUCAUUUAAGAGGACCCAAUGACUGCUGUUCCAAGUAAUAUUUACUGUAUGUAACAGAGUACUUGCAUACGCACCUGGUCUGCCAGAGAUUAAGACAGAGCUGGAGGGAUCAGUGUUUCCAACUUAACGAAAUAUUUAGCAAAUACCAGACAGCUUAAGGACAUUUUUGGCAAAACGACAAAUCUAUUUUCCAUUUUAUUGUCUUAUUGGAUGCUUUUGGAGACCUUUACAUUUAAGCACAUAUCACUCUAAUCAACGAGCAGUGGGUCCAGCGCUCACAAAAUGUUAGUGACUCAACAUAUGUGCUUUUUUAUUGAAUAUGGCUGUAAAAUAACCCACUAUAGUGUUUAAUAAAAUUGUACGAACAGUUAUAGUCCAUUCAAAAUCAACGAGAGCAUUAGGCCUUGCUCACACUGCAGGUCAAUUCUGACUUUUUUGCUCAUAUGUGACCUUCAUCCGAUUUUUUCAUGUCAAUGAAAACUGCAAUUCCGAAGUUAUUUAAAUCCGACCCAGGCCUCUUUUGUAUAUCAUCAAAUAGUGAUAAGCAUCAUAAUUAUUUGCCAAAACAGACAUAGUUGACAAAUGAGCAGAAAACAGGCAAAAGUAAUGUGUUUUAGAAUCUCACGCCAAUAUUCCACCACACCCGACUGCGACUGAUUGGCCACAAAUUCUUCUGAGUAGACAUCGAAGCAAAUCCACGAGCAAGAGCAAAAAUGUUUAACCUCUUCCUUCUUAAUCUUCUACGCGGAAUAAUUUGGUUCAGAAAAUGCAGACUUCGAUUGCACAAAAUUAUUGAAAUUGCCCCAAAUGUGCCAAGCCUGAGACCUAGAAUUGAAGCCAUGUUUACUUCUGUAAACACUGCAUCACGUGUGACGUCAUGACGUCAUGUCUGCACGUGGGUCAGAUUGUGUUCACAUUAUACAUGGCAUUUUUUGAACGACUACAUAAAAAGAUCCGAUUUGACCAAAACAAAUCUGAAUUGGAUAUCCUACCUUGCAGUGCGAACGUAGCCUUAGAGUCUAUAUUUCACUGCACCAAUGAAUGCACCAAACCGCUACCGGGUCUAGCCAAAUAUCCAUACAUCUUAUCCGAAGUCGGUUCAUGGGGGCAGGAGCCUAUGCAGAGAAGUCCAGACUUCCCUUUUCCCAGCUACUACGUCCAGCUCUUCCCGGGGGGAUCCCGAGGAGUUCCCAGGCCAGCCGGGAGACAUAGUCUCUCCGGCUAUUCCUGGGUCUUCCUUGUGGUUGGAUGUGCCCUAAACCCUUCCCCAGGGAGGGUUCGGGGGCAUCCUGACUAGAUGUCCCGAAUGACAGAGCUUUGCACCCUAUCUGAAAGAGAGAGCCCUGCCACCUGACGGAGGAAAUUCAUUUUGUCCGCUUGUACUCGAGAUCUUGUCUUUUCAAUCAUAACCCAAACCUCAUGACCAUAGGUGAAGAUAGAGACAUAGCUCGACCGGUAUAUUGAGAGCAUUGACCUACGGCUUGGCUUCUUUUUCGCCACAUUGGACUGAUGCAGGUUCCACAUCACUGCAGACGCUGUGCCGAUCCGCCUGUCAAUCUCACAAUCCACUCCUCCCCCACAUGUGAACAAGACCCUGAGGUACUUGGAGGUACUUGAACUCCUUUCCUUGGGGCAGGAUCUCCUCUCCAACCCGGAAAUGGCACUCCAUCCCUUCACCGGCAAGAACCAUGGACUUGGACUUGGAAUUGCUGAUUCUGGUCCAAUACUCCAUACACGCUGAGCCCUUUCCUCAGGACUUCCCGAGGGACACGGUCGAAUAUCUUAAGUCCACAAAACACAUGUAGAAUGGUAAGGAAAGACCCUCGUGGAACAUGCCGAGAGUAUGAAGUUGGUCCACAGUUGUAUUGUUCACCCACUAAUAGGGAACGUGAGCUGGGAUUAGGCUGUCGUGAGACAGGUUAGUUUUACCCUACUAAUGAUGUGUUGUUGCAAUAUAUAUAUCUAACAAAACAAUCAAGGGUAGUAUGGCACUCUUUUGUAGUUUUAUAGAGAACCUACUGUAGUCUUGUACUGUCACCUUGAUAGCAGAAAUGCAAUUUACUUGCGCUAAAAGCUACAAGAGCUGCUUACGAUAAUUUACUUUAGUGUGCCUAGAUUAUCUCACGCACGUGUGUGAUUGCAUCAGUUGAGCACACAGCCGUUGUCCAUCUGAUCUUGGCUAUAACAAGGGUGCCCGCACUUCGAUGAAAUAAACACUUUGAAUUCAAGAAAGAACUCAUAGCAGAGUAGGGAUGUGCUGUUCCUGGAGGUGGCGUUCGUUUUUCGCCACUCAUCGCCAUCAAGAGUCUUCAAUAAAAUUUAAGAGUGA